CUGCGUGCGACUCGGCUACUGUCUCUCUGACUGGCUGCCCGUCUGGUUCUCUGGCUGAGUAGCUGCCUGGUUCUCUGACUGUCUGCCUGUUUCCCUGGCUGAGUAGCUGCUUGGCUGGCUGCUUUGGUACCUUUUCUGCUGCAGCACUCCGUCCAGGUCCUGCUGUUUGUCUCGUAGAAGCCUCUGGAGGUGCUGUAUUUCUGUCUGGUAGGAGGCAGCCCUCCCUGCAAAGUCCUCCUCCUGCUCUACCAGCCUCUGGCCCAGAACCCCCAGGCUGCAGGCUGCCUGCUUCUAGGGGGAGAAGAGGAGGAGACGGUCAGAACGCUGCCUGCUCCUGGAGGGAGGGAGAGGGAGAGAGAGAGAGAGAGAGAGAGAGAAAGAGAGAGAGGAGGAGGAGAGGAGACAGUCAGACCGCUGCCUGCUCCUGGAGGGAGAGAGGGAGAGGAGGAGGAGAGGAGACAGACAGACCGCUGCCUGCUCCUGGAGGGAGAGAGGGAGAGAGGAGGAGAGGAGACGUUUAGACUGCCGGCUCCCUGAGAGAGAGAGGAGACCCUGUCAGGGGGAUGGCUCCACCAGAGAAUGGACAUUUAGCACCACCACUACUACCAGCACCUUGAGGAACAUAGGAGAACUAAGGCUAUUAAGUACUCAGCCACUGGACCACUGGAGUACUCAGACACUGGACCACUGGAGUACUCAGACACUGGACUACUAGAGUACUCAGACACUGGACUACUAGAGUACUCAGACACUGGACUACUGUAGUACCUAGACACUGGACCACUGGAGUACCCAGACACUGGACUACUGGAGUACCCAGAUACUGGACUACUGUAGUACCUAGACACUGGACCACUGGAGUACCCAGACACUGGACUACUAGAGUACUCAGACACUGGACUACUGUAGUACUCAGACACUGGACCACUGGAGUACCCAGACACUGGACUACUGGAGUACUCAGACACUGGACUACUGUAGUACUCAGACACUGGACCACUGGAGUACCCAGACACUGGACUACUGGAGUACUCAGACACUGGACUACUGUAGACUCUAGACACUGGACCACUGGAGUACUCAGCCACUGGACCACCCAGACACUGGACUACUAGAGUACUCAGACACUGGACCACUGGAGUACUCAGCCACUGGACCACUGGAGUACUCAGACACUGGACUACUGUAGUACUCAGACACUGGACUACUGUAGUACUCAGACACUGGACCACUGUAGUACUCAGACACUGGAACCACUGGAGUACUCAGACACUGGACCACUGGAGUACUCAGACACUGGACCACUGGAGUACUCAGCCACUGGACCACUGGAGUACUCAGACAACGGACCUACUGCAGAGUAAGAGCAUGCGACCAUGAUGAGUGUUCCUCAGCCUGACCCAGAUGAGACGCCCCCCUCCACCAUCACUCCUGUCACCACCCCCACCCUGAGCCCCGUCACAGACGACCUGGAGUGUAAGAUCUGUUACCAGCGCUACAACGUCCACAACCGCAGGCCCAAGAUCCUGGACUGUCUCCACCGGGCGUGUACCCGCUGCCUCAACAAGAUCCUGGACAUGGGAGACGUCUUAGGCUGCAUUUCCUGUCCCUUCUGCCGACACGAAACAGAGGUCGGCGAAUGCGAGGUGUCGGGACUCCCCGACGACUCUAACAUCAUAUCCUGCCUGGCCGUCAGGGAUAAGUCCUGGAGCUCCGACCACAGCAAAGAGGUGACGCUCACCCCCAAGAGCCUGUCGUCCACCUCCCCCUCGCACCACUCCUCCAACUGUCUGGUGAUCACUACCAUGCAGGUCCAGAGGGAGAUGGGGUCCGGAGGCCGUGGCCCGGGCAGCUCAGACCACUACACAGAACCCAGCCUGGACUCCAUCUCUGUUGGUUCUAACGGGCCGGAGGUUCAGGAAGCCCUGUCCAAGUUGUGUUCUCACGUCCCCAGGAUUCUGGUGUGGCUCCUGGGGCUGUUCUACUUCGGAUCCCUGCCCCUUGGCAUCUACCUGCUGGUGAUCCAGAGGGUGACGUUGGGUAUAGUCUGUGUGAGCCUGGUACCGUCCAGUCUGACUGUUUGUCUGGUCUACGGGUUCUGCCAGUGUCUCUGCCAGGGUAGGUCUGACUGCUCGUCUAGGGGCUGACUGACUGACUCAACAGGGAUACUGACUGAUGCUGGGGGUUUGGAGGGAGGGAGGGAAAAUACUGGACUGUUGGAGUCAACAUGGAGUCCAUUACUGUUCCAAU